UUUGUUUUGACAUUUCCAGAAAAAUAGUCUUAUCAGAAUAAUUUUUUCCUCCAACUAAGCAGUCACAAAAAGACAAAAAAAAGUGUUAAUUAAUUAAGAAAAUUAAGAAAUCUCUUCGAGAAAAUGUCUGUUAAUACAGCCCACGCCAAUAAUGGCGUUUUAAUACAUGCUGGAGAAUACAUCUUACUCCAUAGCGACAAUGUUUCGAUGGAUUUUUCGGGUCAGGACAAUCCUGUAUUUCGUGGCACUAAGCAGGGUCGUAUCUAUUUGACUUCUCAUCGUUUGAUUUUUAAUAAUAAGAAAUCAGGCGAUGAGAUGCAGUCAUUUAGUGCACCAUUUAUUGCUAUGAAUGAUGUUGAGCUUGAACAACCUGUUUUCGGAGCCAACUAUAUUAAGGGCAAAGUACGUGCCCAGCCCAAUGGUAACUUUAUUGGUGAAGUUAAAUUUAAGCUCUAUUUUAAAUCGGGCGGUGCUAUUGAGUAUGGUAUGGCUUUGUUGCGUGCAGCUAAGACGGCCCAGAGUAAUUAUCAUAAUGGUGGUGGCGGUUAUGAUGAUCCACCACCAUAUACACCUUCGGGUAAUUGGCAUGAGGCACCACCACCAGCCUAUCAGCCACCACCAGGCUAUUACGGUUGGUUGCCACAACAUGAUGCCUUUAGUGGACCAGCACCCAAUACGGUGUUUAUGAGUGAUAAUCCACCACCUUAUCCAGGCAUUGGAGGACCACCACCAGCAUAUAAUCCACAACCACCCCAGGGACUUUAUCCAUCGGUGCCAACACAUCCCUAUAAUCCGCAACAACAACAACCAUAUAAUCCACAACCUUACAAUCCACAACCUUACAAUCCACAACCAUACAAUCCACCAGCUCAGGAUUGGAAUAGUUUUGGCAUGCCUCAACAACCAUCACAACAACAGCAGCAACAACAGAAUCAAAAUCAACAACGCAAUGGCUCAAAUAAUACAUCGUCUCAACAGCAGGAAGAAAUGCCCUCUUGGAAUGGCUUCUCAUUGCCACCACCCGAUGAGGAAGAACGUCAACAACAACAACGCCAACAACAAAGUCAACAAUCAUCAGCCCCUGCAGCAUCUCAUGCUGGCGGCUGGGGAGGUGGGUAUCCACAACCGCCCCCAUAUGGAGCACCAUCACAACCUUAUCCACCAUAUCCCAUGUAUCCCGCACAAGGAGGUGGCCAUCCACCAUAUCCUCCACAACCCCAACAAUAUGGUGGUGGUUUUCCUCCUUAUCCUCCAGCUGCUGGCGGUCCUCCACCACCAGCUGGUGCCAUGGGUUUCACUGCACCUCCAGCCAAUUCAAAAGAAGCUGAGGCCUUAGCAAGUGCUUAUAAUACUACUGAAAAUCAACGUCAAAAUAGACCUGGUCCUAGCGAUAUGCCACCAGCUUAUGAGGACUUGCCUCCCAAUUAUAACAAUACUAAUCGCAAAUACCAAUAAAUUGUUUAGAUUUUAUAAAAUUUUUAUUUAAUCGGUAUUCAAAAAUGGUCAUUCCCUAUUUAAAUGUUGCUUUGCUUCUAUAUUUUACUAAAAAAAUUUAUUGUUAAAAGAAUAAAUUAUAGUAUAAAAAGUC